AUUGACCUGGUUUCAAUUGCCAUAAAGGCUAUUAACCAACAAAAUGAAUAGGGUAUAUAUUGGAGAAAAAAACGAUACUACGAUACAAUAAAUGACAUAAAUUAAUGUUUGGAGGUUGGUGACGUGAGGAGAGACGCGAGAGAGGUCAGGCAGAGGACAAGGGGGUCUGGUUAUUUGAGUUUCUCUCUGUGCGUUUCUCCUGUGCGUAAAAUCCCUUGCGCGCCACGGUCUUGCCAUUUAAAACUUUGCUUACAUAUAAAUGUUUGAUGCGCUCGGCUCGACUUGGGGACAUACCACAGCCAGUCACUUGCGCUGCGUCUCUCGCCCUUGGCAGUUGGAGCUGGCUUACUCCUUUACUGGUUGGAAACUAAAAAAGCUGCGCGCACUGACGAAGAGUCUUGAACUGUGGAAGCAUUGACAGAGCCGUGGCACGUCCUAUCUAGCUUUUCGGACGACCCCCGGAGAAUAAAUUUGAUGGGUUGCAAGAGGGACGAGGCAGCGUAUGGAAAUAAUGCAGCUAAUUUUAUCGAAAAACUGUUUUAAGUUCGCGGAAUAAAUAGUUUAAUUCUUACGGAGCACCACCAUGGAAAGGCGAAGAGAAGCACCAAACACAGAGAAAUGCUACUGUGGAGGCUGAUGUGAGCUGCACACAGGGGUCCUGCUCGAGGCAUGCCCAUGGUGCACUAUGGCCUUGCUGGCGGACUGGCUCUUGCGCCAUUCAGUGGUCAUGUGUUUACUGCUGCACAGCCUGGUGCUAAUGACCUUCUGCUUUCACCAUGCUGCCACAAGCUGCUCUAAGAACUGCUACUGCACUGAGAGCGACAACAAUGGCAUAACUGUGCGCUGUAGCAAACUACAUCUAACCGAGAUCCCCCAAGACCUUCCCAAUGACACCAGACGCAUUUAUCUGGACAAUAAUUCUAUUAAAAAAAUACCAAUGAACGCAUUUGCAGCUCUGCCACAUUUAGUUGAACUGGAUCUAUCACACAAUGAGUUAACACAGCUUGAACCAGGGGCUUUUCGUGGACUGGGAUCAUUACAGAUUUUAGAUCUUUCAUUCAACAAGUUAAUGAACUUUAAGGCUGAGCCCUUUGAGGGCUUGAGGGCUCGUGCCAACCUCACCAACAAUCCCUGGCAUUGUGACUGUAACCUGCAGAUGGCGCUGCUGCGUGUGGACCUGGAGCCUGCUUCUCUUACAGGCAUCGUGUGCCACACUGCUGAGCCAGAAGAGAUAGGAGUCCAAGGGCUGGCCUUCCUGCUAGCACCAGACAUAGACCUCUGUCUUUAUAUGAGGAGGACUACAGAUGUGGCCAUGUUGGUGGUCAUGUUUGGCUGGUUCACUAUGGUCAUUUCCUACCUGGUUUAUUACGUCCGAGCUAACCAGGAGGAUGCCCGCAGACACUUGGAAUAUCUAAAGUCUUUGCCCAGCAGACAGGGCAAAUCUGAAGAGUCUUCCACCAUUAGUACUGUGGUAUAGCACCUAAAAAGUCAUUGUGUGCAUGGACAGUCAGAUCCAAGGUGGGAGACUAUCUAUCUAUCAGCUGGAAUGGAAAACAAGGCAGAUGCAACCCAGAGCCAAUGAAUGAUUCAUGUGUCGGAGGCCCAUUAAGGCUAGUGUGGCUUAAGCUGAUGGGCCUAUGUCAAAGGAGUAAAAGCAGCAGGACAACUUGGUGUACUCCAGUUUUGGAAAUCUAAAUGGAAUAUACCCAGUGGUGCAUGUGCUCAACGCUCUUCUAUCUUAUUCACACGUGCUAUUGAACCAGCCACGUGUAACAGCAGCCACAAACUGCUCCUGUAUUGUCAGACUGCAGGAGUAUGCUCAGUACAAUUUUACAGUAUUUAAUAAUCUACAAAUUAUAAUCAGUAAAAUGUUUUGACUAAUGUGUGGGUUUCCUCUUGGUGCCAUUGCAGAAGUCUACAAGAUAAUGUUUUAUUAUAGCUUUUACUUCAGUAAUAACAAUGCUUCAGUUAGCACAGUGGUAUUGUACUCACAGUUUUAAAAAUGUAAUUUGGGAGAUAUAUUUUUAUGAGCUGAUUUUGUGAAAUUGUGAAUUUCUAUAUUCACUGAUUAUGUUUAUGAAUAGAAUAAAAAUAUUUCUGACU